AAGUUGCAGAAAAUAGAUGACUGGGUGGGUCAAACGGUCAACAGAAAUUACAAUAAAAAAAUAUCCCUUUUAUUUAUUUUCUCUGUAUCUCUCUUUCUCUCUUAAAACUUCAAUCUCUUUUCCUCAAAUUUUCUCGGGUAACUAACUCAACAGAUUGUAGUUUUGAGUUGACUGUUGAGCUUUUGAUGGAGAACCCUAAGUUCUUUGGUAGCACCCAGAAAGAGGUAGUGCUGUUUGUUAAUGUUGCUGGGGUUUGAGGUCAGGCAUGAGGGGCUUCUUCCUUGAAUUAGCUGAAGCACUAUUUGUGGACUUACCUAAAGCACUCUUUCUCGACUUUGAAGACUUCAUUGAAGAACUAUGUUGGUAUUUAUUGGAUGCUCUUGAUUUUGUUGCUGAUGAGUUUCUUGCUUUUUGUUUGAUUUUUGCAUCUUAUCUUCAAGAAUUUCUUGGGUUUCUCUUUUUCCAAUUCGCGGUCACUUAAAAUGAAUUAUAUAGAUUGAUGUAUAGUGUAAUCAAGUGGUUGAGACUAAGACUAGAAGUAAAGAUUUUUGAGUUUUUUUUUAGCAGUGCUUAGUAAAGAUUCACUUGAAUGGGUUCAAUUCAAAAUACUGUUCAUUAUUGUUGUGUGUCUAGAGGUAAUCGGACCUUAUAUGUUUAUAGUGGGGGAGAUCAUGAAAUUGAGAAUUUGGCAGCUUUGUCAUUGGAGUGUACUCCUGCAUAUCACAAGUGGUAUUUUGAGACAAUGGGAAAGAGGACUUUUGGGUUUUUAAUUGAAGACGGUUAUGUCUAUUUCACAAUUGUUGAUGAAGGUCUUGGAAAUGCAGUUGUACUUCACUUUUUAGAGCAUGUGAGAGAUGAAUUUAAGAAUGCUGCUAAAAAGGGUUCAAGAGGAAGUUUUUCAGGGUUGAGCUCAAUCAAUGUACAAGAACAGUUAGUGCCUGUCGUUCGCCGAUUGAUAACUUCGUUGGAACAUGUGUCUGAAAGUGGCAAUGAUUGGAAAACUGAAACUUCCUCAUCAGAAAAUAUGGGCCUCUCUCCAUCACCAAGUGAUGCAAAUGGACUAAUUGAAAUUCAUACUUCUACUAAAGCUCCUUUGUUGGGAAAAUCUAACAAGCAAGAGAAGAAGAAGUCCAAGGAUCAUGUCAUUGUAAUGAGAGAUAUUGAGUUGGAGGAGCAUAGAAAAUCUACAGAUAGAGGAGUUAGAGUUGAUUCAACCUCGUUGGAUUCUAAUAACCAAGGUGGAGUAGCUUCUGCAAUGUCAUUACAGAAGGAUAUGGGUUCUAUGAGAAUCAGGUCAAGUGCUCAAAGCAUCCGAAAGAAGUGGUGGCGGCAAGUAAGGAUUGUCCUUGCCAUAGAUGCUGCUGUUUGUUUGAUACUAUUUGUAAUCUGGAUGUCAAUCUGUGGUGGUUUUGGAUGCACCCGUUGAUUCUUUAACAGAAGCUAGAGAGUUUCACAUCAUUUUACAGACAGGGUGCUUGUCAACAGUAUAUAAGAAUCAGUUUUUGUUGAGUGCACAUGAGCAAUAUAUCAAUUUCAACCUUGCCACUAGGUUUAAUAUUCUGUUAUGGAGGUUUGUGCUUAAAAUUACAUGGCGGAACCAUGUCAACGGAUUCUCUCAAAUGUUCAACACCUUUAAUACGGACAUAGAUGAAAAUUUGCAAGUGUAUCUUGAUCUUCAUUGGAGGGCUUUAUGUUGCUUCUUGUAUUUAUGAUAUGUUUGUAAUUACAGAUACAAUAUAACAUGUGUAGUAUCUAUCUGUCCCAAUCUGUUUCUUUCCAUUUGUAAAAAUUAAAGUUUGAAGCAUCAAAUGUGUCUGAUAUUUUCAGCA